CUCACUGCCAUCUCUUGCUUUGUCAGGAAGUUCACGUGCCUUGCUGGCUUUGCCAACAGCGGGAAGUACUUCUAAUGAUGACUCAAAGCACAGUCGGGAGACGGAGGCGGCAUCUUGACAGGUGUAAAAUUAGAUGAUUGUAGCUUCAAAUGCUCACAAAGCAAGCAGGUUUGCAUGCUCUGGCAGGUGCAUUGGAGGUUCAUGGAGAAGUGGGAAGAUCUGUUGCCUUACGGUGUCCCUACAGCCCAGAGCACGAUGCUGCAGAGAAGCUAUGGUGCAAGUAUGAGGGGACGUGGUGUCUUAGCAUCUUGGCGUCCCUGGGGAAUACCGGUGAUGGGCACCACGGCAGAGCAGCCGUCCAUGAGAUCAGGGAAAAUCGGACUUUUGCUCUGACAAUGGAGGGACUCCAAGUGAAUGACACAGGGAUAUAUGAGUGCAGAAUCCAGAUGCCUGGAGAGGACAGCAUCAUGCUGCUGAACAUCCUGUUACACAUCUCCACGGAGGGAACACUCAGUCAGCCCAACUCGUCCAUUGGCGUCACACCCAGAACCACCAGCAGCACUACCUUUGCCAUGGCUGCUUCCAUAUCCACAGUGGUCCUGGUUCUAGCUGUCUUUUUGAUGGGGAUUCUGGGACUGAAAUGGAAACAGAGAAGGAAUGAAGGCCCCUGGAAAUACUUCACCUGGAAUAUAUUUAGACGUGACAUAAUAUCACCAGCUCCCACAAGGGAGGACGAUUUUGCUAUAUAUGUGAAUAUGCCACGGUUCCCACGCUCCUGAAACUCCAGUGCCCUGUACCCAGCUCUCGCCUCCCACAUGUGAUGGGCAGAAGUGGCCUUUGAGUGACACCAAACAGCUGUGGGUUGGUGCAUCUAGGCUCCAUUCCUCCUGCUGCUACAACCUCAUUGCAUGACAUUGGGCGAGUUGUCUCUUCCCCUACUUCAUGGAAGAGCUACUGUGGGCCUGUGUUACUGAAUGCCUGAAGUAUCCUGAGAUCCUGGCUUGGGAGGUUCCAGUGAUGGCAAAGUGUCAUACUUGACUGUGUUUACAUGAUGACAAACUACUUGGAGCAGAGAUCUCUGUGGAAAGCAUAGUUGUCAGUCCCUGGGGAAAAGUGUCCUAUAGGGCCCUUCCUCUGUUACCCCUAUUACCUUGUAGCAGAGACAGAUUUUUUUCCAUUGUGUUGCUCAGAUUUUCACUUCUGUAUAAAUGUUUCCAGCUGCUUUUAUGGGUUGAGGCCAAGUCCUCCUCCGAGUGUAUGUUGUCAUUUAAAUCAGUGGGGUUAUGCUGGCUAAUGCCACCUGGAAAACUGGCCUUUGACCAGCCCAGCUGUGGACAUCUAGGUAUUGCCACUGACUGCCUCAAGACACGGACUGUGACAAAGGUAUUACGGCCACAGCUGUGAAGACUGGAAGUUGCUGGGUAAGUUCAGUAUCCCUUUUUUGCACAAGAAGCAAGAGGAACAGGCUGUGUCUGUGUUGGGACAGUUGUUUUUCUCUCUCUCAGUGAAUUUGUUGCAUAAUUUUAGGCAGCUUUGAUAAGAAGUGAUUUCCCUCUCAAUAAAAGCAGGGACACUGCAUCUCUCAUGCAGCAGGGUGUCUUAGUCUCUUGCUUUUGGGAACUUUCUCAUGGUAAAACAUAAUGGCCAAAUCCUCAGCAGGCAUAAAAAUACCAUGGACAUCAAAGGAAGUGCAUGGAUCCAGGCUGGUUUAGGAGCUGGGGUUUGCUGGGGGAAGGUGCCAGCUGCAGGAGUGACUGUUUAAUGCCACUGAAUGGAGGCCUCCAGCUUUCUCCACAGUGAUCACCCAAAAGGAGCCCUGAGAGGGUCCGUGCUGGCUUGUGCUGGGUACCAACUGAAUGCAGGUUGAAAAAGGCAUUUCAAGGGUAUUCUGUGGUGCAUAAGUGCCUGGGAUUUGAGUGUGCAGUUUGGAGCAUGAAUGCUGAUGUUCUGCUCACAAGUUUGUGAACACUUAGGACCUGAAACCUCUGCUUGCAAGUAGCAGUUACUCAUACAAGUAGAGCUGCUUGCUAGCUGGAGCAGAAAGUAGUACCCUUUUCCAGACCAGCUGCCCUACAUGAAUAAUUCAAUGUAAAAAAAAACCCACACAGGUUUAAAAAAAAACCAACAAAAAACAUCCUGGGUUACAGAGGAAGUGAAAGCAACAAGGAAGAAUACAUCCAUGUAAAAUAAAUGGAAUAGAGAAAAAACUGACAGUACUGAAUAUACUUUAGAAGCUAAAAACAGUAAAAAAAAAAAUUUGGUAGGGGAAACAAGGAUACGUGGAGAAAUCUGUGGCUGGC